AUGUCCAACCUCCACAUCUCGAAUUCCGAGCUACGGCUCGCAACAGCGACACUCACGGCGCUCGCAGUCCUCGUCCCAACAGUCUACUAUCUGCGCGGCGACAAGCCUCAGGAAGAAACGGCUCACCUGCAAACCUUCCGCAAGCUCCUCAAAGCAUAUACGACCCUGCGACCCGCAGCCCUCGGCGCGAACGCAUCCAAAGACUUCUCGCACACAGUUCUGCCGUUAUCUCUCAACCUUCCUCCCCGAAGUCUUGAUAAUUUUCAACAACAUGCUGUCAUGAUCUUCUCGCUGUUUGAGGAUUUCAAAAUGGCACCGCAUGGAGAGGUGCACUUCUCGCGGGAGACGAACACGGUCAUUGCGCAUUGCAGGAUGGGUGGUAGGGUUGCUGCUAGCGAGAAGGGAAAAGUACUCAUUGAUAAUGGUAUCACCGAGUGGUGGACAGAAUGUGUUCUCUUUGUGAAGAUGACCCCGGACGGCACCAAGAUAACCGAAUUGAAGGAGUUUGUGAACAGCGCGAAGGCACAGGAGCUGCAGCACAGAUUGAGUGGGAUCCUGAGCAAGUGA